AUGACGGAAACGAAGAAGGUGGAACGACCCCUGCCCAUAUUCGGCAGAGGAGGUUUGGACAAAUCGAAGUACUGUGCAUUCCAUAACGGACCGGGACAUACUACUGAUCAAUGCUGGGACCUCCGAGAUGCGGUGGAGAAAUUUGUUCGAGAUGGAAGGAAUCAGAAAAGUGAUCCCAACUAUGACGAAUUCCCAGAAGUGGAGUUUGAUUGUAAUGUAAUUAGUGGAGCCCUGGGGGGGGGGGGAGAUAUUGUAAAUGCUAGAAGAAAAUACCUGAAAGAGGUACUCUCUAUUCGAGAUCGUCCCAAGUUCAAAGAAGACCCAACCAAGCUAGACCCUCUUCUUUUGUACUUUACCAAAGAGGAUAUGCACGGCGUAUUAUCGGGUCAUGUUUAUGGACUGGUCAUUGCUGGGACCCUAGUAAAUUGUCGGGUUCGGAAGAUUUUUGUGGAUGCUGGGAGCUGUGCCAACAUCAUACUCUGGGACGUUUUCAAAAAGAUGAACCUGGAUGAGGAAGACCUCAAACCUUGCAAAACGACGCUGGUAGCCUUUAAAGGAGAGCAUACACCUCCUAAAAGGCUACAUUGA